AUGCCUCCUCAAACCUUCUUCCUCGUCUCCUUGCCCACCUCGAUAUCACCCUCCGGCGAGCGAGACGAGGCCUUGACAGCACUGCGGUCUGCGGUCACUGGCGACCAUGGCACGACAUAUCCCUUCAACAUCCCGGAGUUCAAAGUUGGCACGCUGGAUGCGUUAGUACAGCAAGCAGACGACCUGGUCAAGCUGGAGCAGGGCUGCAGAGGCGUGGUCGACAAGAUCGCAGAUUCGCUGCGGAGUCUACUCGAGGGCGACGAGGAGAAACUGCAGGAGCAGAAGGUGGUGAAUGACAGACCCGUAGAAAAUUACCUCCAAUCCUUCCAAUGGAACAAGGUCAAAUAUCGCGCCGACAAACCCCUCUCGGAGCUCAUCGACAUGCUAUCUAAAGACCUCUCCGCCGUCGACAACGACGUCAAGCAAAAGUUCAACCAGUACAACACCACCAAGACCAACCUCGCCUCGCUCCAACGCAGCCAAACCGGAAACCUCUCGCAGAAAUCGCUCGCCACGAUCGUCAACCCUGAAGCGCUGCUCAAGCCCGAUCAGUCAGAGUACCUACAACAACACCUCAUUGCCGUGCCGACAGCACUGGGGAAGGACUUCUUGAAGAGCUAUGAGCAGAUAAGUCCCAUGGUCGUGCCACGGAGCGCACAACUCCUCGCGAAAGAUGAGGAGUUUUUGCUGUACGUGGUGACGGUGUUCAAGAAGCAUAGCGCGGAGUUUGUGCACAAGUGUCGAGAACACCGGUGGACACCGCGGGAGAUGAAGUUCUCGGAUGGUGGGAGAGAGGGGGAGGAGAAGGAGCUACAGAAGCUAGAGAAGGAGGAGAGGAAGGUGUGGGGCGAGGCGCUGAGGUUGGGGAGGACGGGGUAUAGCGAUGCGAUGAUGGGGUGGAUACAUGUGUUGACGUUGAGGGUGUUUGUGGAGACAGUCUUGCGGUAUGGGCUGCCGUUGAGCUUUGUGUGUGGGAUAAUCAAGACCGAUCCAAAGCGGGCGAAGAAGGCCAAAGGCUCCCUGGACGCUCGAUUCUCAGACAUCGGCGGCAACGCCAUGAUGAGAGACAAGAAAGGUCGGCCCGUCAAGGACGACUCGAGCAUGCAGCAAGACAUGGCCAGCGCGGGUUUCGGCAUGGAUCAAGGGUAUGAGCCCUAUGUGUUCUAUGAGUUUGAGCUUGUAUAG